ACCUCCGGUUCUUUAGGCUUGGGGGUCACGCAUAAGACACUUAUAAAACCAAAGCCCUCGUAUCCAAAAUAAAAGGCAUAUCAUUCGAUCAGAUAUUCAGAUUCGAGAAUGGGUCGCCGCGGAUACGGUGGUGGAGGACGCAGAUCAUACUCAACUCGGCCUAAAGUUCGAUCUACAUCAUUUUUUCAUAAGAAAGCUAAGCCUGCCAAAGAUGAGAAAGAUGAAAAAGCGCCUCCUCCUGCUAAAGUUUCCCCUAAAGUUGAGACGGUUCAUUGUGAAUCUAGUCGCGGAAGUUUUUUUUCAUCCAUAGCUGAUGGGUUUAAUUGGGGAGCUGGAAAUGCGAUGGGACACAGAUUCGUUGAAUCCAUUUUUGGUCCUAGAACCAUUAAAACAGAAGUUGUUUUACCAGAGAGAGUUGAAGUAGCUGCUGUCUCUGCCAUUGAUGAUAACGAUAAAUACAAGGACUACAAUGAAUCAUGUAGCAUAAGCUAUAAUGCAUUUCAAGAAUGCUUGAACGUGGAAGGGAAUAAACUAAGCAAAUGUCACGUAUUCAUGGAUUCGCUCUUCGAGUGCAGGAAGAACUCUAGUUCCUUCAACUUCUAAGUUGGGAUUUUAUAAUUCUCUUUUUCUUUCUUAGUUAGUGUUUUCCAAUAAAUUAAGAUUUAAAAACUUCGUUGAUUAAAUCGUUUAUCAUGUGGUUGUGUUUCUUGGUUAAUUUGACCAACCAAGUGUAUGAAUUAUCGUAUGUCUUGGAUAAAAUAAAGUCUUUUAGUUUUGUGUUUUGCUAGAAUUGAGGAUUGAUUUUGGUUUCAUUAUUUAACCUGAAAACAAUUUAUUCAGAAAUGGAC